AUGGAAGCUAUGAAAGGUAAUAUUGAUGAGGAAUCUGCUGGUUCUAGGAAAAGCGUGAAGCGAUCUAAAGAUGGUGAGGAGUACUCCUCAGUGGGUGCCAACCGUGGAGCGACCCUAGGCUUCCCAAAAGAGGAUCUGCCAAAUGGGAAAGCAAAAUCUUGGGUCCAAAUUAUAGGAGCUGAAAACGGGGUGUCAGGGGAGGAGAUAUGUGUUCCCUUAGAUCCCAUAGAAGGUGAAGUCACGGAUUGGGGGUUCCAAAUGGUUGUUGAGGAAGAUGGCUGCUACAACAUCAAAUGUACCAAAGAAGCUAAGGCUAGGAUGAGAAAACCUUGGCAAAAUGCCCUCAUUGUAAAACUCCUCGGCAAAAAAGUGGGGGUAAGCUUUAUGAAGAAAAAAUUGGAAUCUUUUUGGGCAAAGUCGGGAUCAAUUACUGUUGCUGACCUGGGAAAUGAGUUCUACUCAGUGAAAUUUGCGAAUGUGGAAGACCUUACGCUUGCUAUAACUGGUGGGCCGUGGAUAAUAUUUGGUCAUUAUUUAGCUGUUCGGAAGUGGGAACCCUGUUUUGACCCUGAUCAUGCCAAUAUACACAAAGUGGCUGCUUGGAUCCGCCUUAUACCACUAGAAUUUUUUGAAUUUCAAUAUUUGAAUUUUUUUGGUAAUCUGUUGGGAACGGUGCUGAAAGUCGAUAGAACAACUUCUACCGGAGAUAAAGGUCGCUUUGCUAGGGUAUGUCUAGACCUAGAUCUAUCCAAACCUUUGAUUGGUGAGUACAAGCUAGAAGGAAAAAUGAAAAAAAUUGAAUAUGAGGGCCUGUACCUUAUCUGUCUCCAUUGUGGUCGGUAUGGCCAUAACAUUGAGGGAUGUACUGAGCUAGUUAAAAACCAGAACCCAGUUGAUAUAAUGUUGCAGUGGAUAAACCUUCAGAACAAUCUAAUGACCAGUCUUCUAAUCACGGAGUGGGCCCUUGGAUGA